ACCCCCUUCCCGCACCUCCACCUCCCCAUAUCUGUCACACAUCGAUGCGCAUCCAGUUGAAUGGCGGCGCCCUCGCAGUUGCCUGCUCCGAACUUUUUCCGGUGACGGCCUGCCUUUCCGCCCCCUACACCUCCCCCGCACAUCCCCAUCGAUCUGCAACCCAUUCUGGCCCAUCCCCGUCGAUCUGCAAACCAUCCCCGGCGCUGGUGAAGAUGCUCGCAGCGAAACUGUUCCGCCGAUGCUGCCACCAUCCUCCGCAUGCCCGCUCGCCGAGGAGCUUCGGGCGGCGUCGCUGCUCCCGUCCUGGCCGCACCUCGGCGCCGUCUACGACGUGCUCCUCGCGGCCUUCGCCGCCGCCAACGCUAAUAAGUCCCUCCGCGCGCACGCUGACCGCCGCUUCCUCACCGCCCUACUGGCGCUGUUCGCCUCCGACUCCGAGGACCCGCGCGCGCCUUCAUGCGCCGCUCCAUGGCCAACGCCCUCCUCCGUUCGCCAACACGACCUCCUCGCUGCCCUCCUCCUCCGCGGUCGUCAGCGCCGACGGUGUCGGCUAGGUGCUGGAGGUCUGCGGAAGCAUUAUCAACGGUUUCGCGGUGCCGCUCAAGGAGGAGCACCUGGCACCACGGGUUCUUGAUGCGGCCAUGCGGGUGCUGCUGCCGCUGCACCGCACCAGGUGACUGCACGCCUACCACCUUAAUCUCGCCUACUGUGUGCUGCAGUUCGUGCACAAGGACCCGGGUCUCGCCUGCGCGGUCGUAUAGGGGGUUCUCCGGGGGUGGCGGUCACCAACUACCAGAAGGAGCUGCUGCUGCUCAUCGACGAGCUGAAGGAGAUCCUGGAGGCGCUCGAGCAGCACCAGUUCGAUGCCCUCGCCCUGCCCGUAUACAACUGGAUCGCGCGCUGCCCCACCAGCUGCAGCUCCCAGUCUGAAGCCCGGCUUAGACUGAAUCGGUGUCAAAUUGGUCUGCAAUUUCUGUACCGCUGGCAUCAUUCUCGUAUUUGAACCUGUGAUUCAGAUACUACCUUGACAUUGACGCAGCGGCUCCUGCUUGUACGCUCAGGCGUUAAUUUAAGAUUGUUGAUGCAUAUAUGAGAAGCACGGAAUGACACUAGUACAGAUUCCUCUUUGUUCACCAUGCAGGUUCUUCAUAUGGAAGGGCACAUAUAUUGAGCACCUAAAGUCAUCGGGGAUAAUGGCAGCAGAUCCAUCUGGCGUCUUUGAAGGCCAGAUCAAGUCUGCACCUGCUGUGGCGUCAUCAGACAGCUUGGCAGAGGUGCUUAAUCAGCUCCGCUAGAUGAACGAGGGCAUAGCCAACAUAAACGCCGGUUUAGCUGAGGCAAGAAUGGCUUACAUGGGUGUUUUCUGCGCUCCAAGGAUGACCAGGAUGAUUGUGUUGUCCCUGUUCUUUGUUUGGCUUGGCUGCAUUCUCGCUAAGUUCAUUCAGAUGUGAUGCUCAUUAGGGUAAGGAAUUUGGUAGUGUCAGUUCUGAUUUAGUCUAGGAAUUUCGUGUAGGGAUAAUUUGUACACGGAUGACAUUCCAUUUGGUGUGCAGCCAUGUACCAGAUUGUAAGAGUGACUAAUGGUUUGAAUGUAUGAUGUUAUCUAAUUUAGUCUGCAUUCUACAUGUUG